AUGAAGGCCCACGAAAUGGCUGUGUUGCCGGACCGCCGGUCCAUGGAGAUGGGGCCUCCAACACCCCAACCUACUGAUGAGGUUCGUGCCGCCCCCGAGACCAGUUUAACCUCCCACUACGGGGCCAGCCGUCGGGCUGCGACCUCCCGGUUUGUCGGUAUUAGGACUCCGGUGAUUCCUCCCGGUUACCAGCAGAUCCCAGGGUACGAGGCCCACCGUCAGCGGCAGGAGGCUCGCGCACUCAUGGGAUCGAUUGCGGAGCGCCGGGGUAAGCCUACCCCCGCCCCAAUCUUGAUAUUUGGUGAUGCUCUAAGUCUUCUGCCGCGCCGACGACGUUGGUAA